UAUGAUUUAUUCAAAUUUAAACGUUAUACAUACAUAUAUUCAGAGACUAAGCGCCAGUCUACCAGCUUAACACCAGUCCCAAAGAGUCGGGUUUCACAUACUGCAACAUCUGCUCUGCGAACACAUGCAUGAUCCAUCGUCAAUCUAGCCUAUAACCACGCUGAAUAGCAUUUGCACUGGAGGCGAGAAAAACAGGAUUUCUAAGUGGCACAAAACCCACUAACACCGGUUGAAAGCGGAUUGACCAGCGCCAAUGAGGUCACAAGCGAGCUGUUUGUGUUUGCGAGUGGAGUACGGUAGCAGAUAACGAACCUCGGUCAAGAUGCAGCUGUGGGAACAUCUGUAGCCAGCCAGCUGACACACUGACCGUGCCACAUCAACAGCGGCGACACCAACAUCUGCAACACCAGCCACAGACGUGACGCUCCGGUCGACACCGUUGACGUCAUGACGAAGAAGGACGUAGACGGCGGCUGGGCGUGGGUGGUUCUGGUGGCGUCCUAUAUGAACGGGUUCCUGCUGUCAGGAGUGUGUUACAUGGGUGGGAUGUUCCAGGUGGUCCUGUUGGAGCACUUCCAGCAGAGUGUGGGUCUCACAGCCUGGGUCACGUCAGUGUAUGCCUCGCUCAUGCUGUUUGCAGGUCCAUUGGCGAGUGUCAUCACGUCCUACUUUGACUGCCGGACCUCCGUAAUGCUAGGCGGUGUCCUCCUGACAGUCGGUCUAGCCGGAAGUACCUUUGCAACAUCUCUGAGCGGCUUGUUCGUGUCCUUCGGCAUUAUUGCAGGUCUUGGAUUAGGAUUAAGUUACACGCCCUCUGUCGUCAUUGUCAGCUACUACUUUGAAAAGAAACGGACGCUGGUGACAAGCGUGGCCCUCUCAGCCGCCGGCACCGGACUCCUGAUCGCGCCUUUAUUGUUCCGAUACCUACUGGACAACUAUGCAUGGCGAGAGUGCCUGGUCAUUUUGGCGGGAAUCUGUUUUCAUAUAACCCUGUUUGGAGCCCUUAUGUUUCCGAUACACGAAAGAAAGGAUUGUCGGGCUUUCUCCAGGUGCCGGAAACGGAGCCCAAAAGAUCUUUCAGAAGACCUCGACGCUAGCCAGCAGCUCACUGGAAUUGCAGACAAUGGCCGCAUUAAUCAUUCCAAGGUUACGACAUAUGAGACGGAUAAGUAUGGGAGUAUAAUUCUCAAAGACGACUUUGAACCAUCCAAAAAUGGAUUCGUCACACAGGAAACCGUGACUUCAGGAGGAAGUCAGUUGGAUAUAUUCAAGAAUGUGGCUUUUGUUGUGUUUUGUGUGAAUCAGGUUCUGGUGAACGCAGCAUGUGGGGUGUUCAACAUCCACCUGGCUGCUUUCUGUGAAUCUUACGGAACUAGUUCUCAGCAGGUCGCCUGGGUUCUCUCCGUCAACGGCCCAGCCAACAUUGUGUCGCGAAUCCUGCUGGGGGCGUUUGCGCACGCCAGCGAGAGGGAUGUGUGGAUUCUUUAUUAUGGCGUUCUGUUGACUUCCGGUAUGAUAUUCUGUAUAAUGCCCCUCUUUGCCAAGACAUAUGUUACUCAGCUUAUAGCUGUGCUUCUCAUAGGAACAUAUCUUGGGGGGUCGUAUUCUCUACCUCCGGUUCUCACAAUAGAAUGUGUGGGAUUGAAGAGGCUUGCGUCGGCGUUUGGUGUGACCAUGAUCUGUGCAGGGACUGGGUGGCUGGUGGCGCCACCUAUAGCAGGGUGGUUUGUUGACUUAACCGGCUCGUACGAUUACAGUAUGUAUCUAGCAGGUGUAAUGAUGUUUCUGUCUGUUCUGAUGGGGUUGGUGGUUCCGCAACUCAUUAAGCCUGAGAACGAGUACCAUAUUCACCGAGACCACUCACUCGUCUUUGACGAUGAGGAGAAAAGUGAUGAAAGUUCUGAGUUGCAGACAAAGGAGGAGGUUUGAUUAUUGCUGACCUGGCUUCAAUGCCAGGAAGUCUGGAAUUGUGUGUGCUGCACUUAUACAGAUUCUAUUUUCAAGAUGACCCGAAUAUAUGAAGAAAAUACAAAGGUAUACAUGAAACCUUAUUAACUCGAGAUCCAAUCGAAAAUCAGAAGAAAGUUAUCAAUGGAUCACGAGCGGAGUGCCGGCAGAAGCUGGUUGAGCAUUAUUAUAAUGAAAUGCUUCUGAGUGUAUGUCGACAGGAGUUCGUGAUUAAUAGUUAACACGGUUUAUUACUUUUUGUUUUUAGCCACUUAGAAAUAUUGCGUCUAUUUCAACGGAAGGAAGGGUUGGUGGGGUAGCCUAAUGGUUAAAGCGUUGGCUCGUCACGCCGAAGACCCGGGUUCGAAUCCCCACAUGGGUACAAUGCGUGAAGCCCAUUUCUGGUGUUCCCCGCCGUGAUGUUGCUGGAAUAUUGCUAAAAGCGGCGUAAAACCAAACUCAGUCAGUCAGUUAACGGAAGGCUUUUAUUGAUAACAUCAGAAAAAGUAAUUAAGUCCAACAAGACGUCAUACUUGAAGUCAGUUAUACCAUCAUGAGAAAUGGUCAACAUUAUACCCGACUUAUAACAGCUUAACUAUGGUUAUGUGGAAGCUUCGACUGGUCCUGAACUAAUCAAUACAAUACAUGCGUGGGUUGCGACAGAAAUCAUAAGCUGGGUCAUGUUUGAUCAUGAAGUCGUAAGCUACUCAUAGUGAGUCAGGUGGUGAUGGAUAGAGGUAGAUAAGCGGUAACUGCAGCCUGUCUGUGUACGACUGAGGGAGACUGGAAGUGCAGCCCCCAAGAUAAAGAUGGAAUCUCACCAGUGCCAAAUACUCCACAAAUAGAUUUACAAGUGCUUGCGUUAUUGCUCAAAUUAUAUUUAACCAGAUGAGAUUUCUAUGACAUUCGGAGCCAAGUCUUGGAAAGCUUUAUGCACAAAUGUCAUAUUAUUAACUGAACGAACUGUAUGUUUACAUUGAUUUAUCUUUGCAUAAUUGUUCCUGAAAACACCGUUGAAUACUGUCAUCAUGUUUUUCGACAGGAAUGGCUAUAUGUUAUUAAUUUGAUUUCUUUUUGAAACAAAUAUUAAUCUGUACAGAAUUAUGCAACUCUGUGUAGCAUCCUUGAUUGAUGAGAGCGGUGGGAUAGCCUAGUGGUUAAAGCGUUCGCUCGUCACGCCGAAGACCCGGGUUCGAUUCCCCACAUGGGUACAAUGUGUGAAGCCAGUUCCUGGUGUCCCCCGCCGUAAUAUUGCAGGAAUAUUGCUAAAAUCGGCGUAAAACUAAACCCACUCACUUCUGAUGGAUCUGAUGGACGCAAUUCGUUGGAUCCGUGAUUUGUGUAGCUUGAUGAAUGGUGGAUGCGACGAAUGUGGCGUGAUUGACGUUACGUUACUGUACAUGAACGAAUCUCCAGUGCUUUAGAAAGAACAAAAGGGGCCAUUAGUGUUCUUUGUAAUUUGUUGUUCAUUGUUUAUUUCUGUUGGCAUACAUGUAUAUGUUAAUUAAUACUCUAGUGUUUGUUGGUUUUGAUAUCUAUUUAUACUGAAGUGUAUGUAUAGAGUGAUUGUGUACCUACGGUUUGAAAAAACCCUGAAAAGCAUCACCUGGUAACUUUAUUUUUUGGUCGUUUAUAUCUUGUUUGUUUCUUGUGUCAAUGCGUCGAUAUUGCGUCGACUGGGGAAUUAACUCAUGUUUUAAGAUGAAGUGUACGUACAAUACGUUAACAAGAUGAAGGAAUACGUUGAGCUCAAACUUCUUUAGUUACAUGACAAACAAAUACACAAGACAUAACUUAGGUGAGCAGAGUACCUGCAACCCCAGGGCGUUUCCUACGAGCGGCAUUAUCCUGCUCGUGGUCGUCCCAACAGACAGUCCAGAUA